UCCUUCUCCCGGGACUCAUGCAGCAGGCGGGAAGUCCCUGGAGCCUUUUUCCUCCUUCCCUCUUCCCCUCCCAUCCACCCACCUUUUUCUGGGUUCAGAGCAGCAGGGGACUCAGGACCCUGACUCAGCCAGUCCUGCUUGCCUCCUCUGGCGGCAUACCGAGCACCCCUCUGCCUACGGGCCAAGUGCGCACACCACCCCCACUUCUGCAGCUCCGCCCAAGCUCCCUGCUAUCUUGCCCUUCCACCCUCCUGCCAGGACCAUGUCGCGGCUCAGCUGGGGGUAUGCGGAGCACAACGGUCCUGUUCACUGGAAUGAACUUUUCCCUAUAGCUGAUGGGGACCAGCAAUCCCCAAUUGAGAUUAAAACCAAGGAAGUGAAGUAUGACUCUUCCCUCCAACCACUUUGUAUCAAGUAUGAUGCAAGCUCAGCAAAAAUCAUCAGUAACAGUGGUCAUUCCUUCAACGUUGACUUUGAUGACACAGAGGACAAAUCAGUUCUGUAUGGAGGUCCACUCGCUGGAAGAUACAGAUUGCGACAAUUUCACCUGCACUGGGGUUCUGCUGAUGACCAUGGCUCUGAGCAUGUGGUGGAUGGAGUGAGGUAUGCUGCUGAGCUCCAUGUUGUUCACUGGAAUUCUGACAAAUACCCCAGCUUCGUGGAGGCAGCUCAUGAGCCUGAUGGACUAGCUGUCUUGGGAGUAUUUUUACAGAUUGGUGAAUUUAAUCCCCAACUGCAAAAGAUUAUUGACCUUUUGGAUUCCAUUAAAGAAAAGGGUAAACAAACUCGAUUCACGAAUUUUGACCCAUUAUGCCUGUUUCCGCCAUCCUGGGAUUACUGGACUUACCCUGGGUCUCUUACGGUCCCACCUCUUCUUGAGAGUGUCACAUGGAUUGUUUUAAAACAACCUAUAAGUAUCAGCUCUCAACAGCUGGCCACAUUCCGCACCCUCCUCUGCACCACGGAGGGCGAAGCAGCCACCUUCUUGCUAAGCAAUCACCGUCCACCUCAGCCUCUGAAGGGCCGACGAGUGAGGGCCUCAUUCCACUAAAUGCUGUUGCCAGUGGACCACCCCCAAAUGUGCCUGCAGAGAGAAAACAAAACCAAUUGGGACACAAAAAUUCCUACUGAUGGUUCUUUCCUAGAAUUCUAGUUUGCAGGUACCAUUGUACUAUCAGCCUCAGGAACUAUCAGCCAAGAAAAUCAGAUCUCUUUAAUCAAACCGAGUUGACUUGUCUGUCUCAGAUUUGCACUCUUGGGUCUUCAAGCAGAAAACACUGUGUUAUAUGUGUUAAAACCCAUGAAAUAUGUCCUCUUCAACCUGAGGGAAAACAUGCUGGCAUGGCAAACCUUAGAAUGUAUGAAAUAUUUCCCUUGUUUUAUAGACCAAAUAAAUCAUGUCUCUCUGUGAUGUUUGUGAAAAACUUAAAUUCAUUUCCAGAAUAAUAGAAUUGGAACACCUUUUCCUAAACAACUGAUUCUGCUUAAUGUCUUGAUAUCAUUCUAGUUCAUAAAAAGUUGAUAAUGUUUCCAAUUUUAAAGAGAAUUUGAUUUUGAUUAUGUUGCUGAUUCAUGAUGCCUUUGCCAAAAUGAACAAUAUGAGAGUUGUUGGGAGCAGUGGUGGAAUAUAGCCACCUCCUGUGUCUACUGCAUGCUCAGCAAUAGCCCACACAAUUUUGGUGAAGAAUUCUUCAGGAUGUAAGUGUCUGUUUAAACUUGAAUGAAUUGUUAUACAUCACAUUCACUGGUGAUGUUAAUGAUAAACUGGCUAAAGACUGAUGAGAUGCAGUGCUGGCCGACUCAGAGCAAGAGGUCCUUUGAAAGGGGGAGCUCACAGACACAGUGCAAGCUGCUGAGGCAUGGCGAUGCAUGGCUUACUCUGCCCUGCAUUUUGGCCACAGGGCAUGCCAUCUCUGCAGCUCAUUUUUCUGUCAAUGGCUGGGAAAACUUACCUGGGGCUUAGAUAAAUGUACAAGCUGUCCAUAUACCCACCCAUUUCUGGGGCAAAACCCACCUCCCCUUAAUCAUGUCCUUUGGUCUUUAAGUAAUUUUGCAAAGUGGCUCUUGAUGUUCACUUUAACCUAUUACUCUCGUAUAUUUUGUAUUUGUUUUGGGUGAAGGAGGAUGGGGUGGGGGGAUCUCUAUGCUCUUUCUGGUACAAGGAGUGGCAUUAUUCAUUAACUUAGUAACCACACAGACUUGACUUAGUAACCAUUAGACUUGACCACAUGCUGUUAUCUUCUGAGAGAAGUUUAACCAAGUUUCCUUGAUUUUGAUGAUUUGUUUAGGACACCCCUCUUCUGAGUGUAGACUUUGUAAUUGAAAAUAUUCUGAUAGUCUCCUUGACAAGGUGUCAGUAACUUGUGUAAUGACGAUGCACGUGGUUGCAAAAGACAGGCUCCUAGAGACUGAGGCUAACGUCUUAGUCACUGUGAUUCUUACCCUCCCCAAACUCCCACCCCAGUAUCCAGCUUGAGACCUUGCAGAGAAUUCUAAGGUUGUAGUAAAUAUCUAAUGAAUCAACUAUUUUUUUCUAAUUUUAUUUUGUCUUUGGUAAUUCUCUUACUGCUUGGGAUCAAUGCCCCGUAAGUCAAUGUAACAAGUAAAAUGUAAGCUCUCUUGAAAGUGGUUUCUUCUUAAAGGAGUACUUAUUAAAUCUGCUUGUGUAACCAGCUAUUCUAAUGGUUUUAAAAAUACCAAUGGGAAGGCGCUUCUUUAGUUUAGAAAGACAUAUUGUAAAGUAUCCUAGUCUGAGAAAGAAGUGUUUUAAACUCAGAGAAGGUAAGAUGUUGUACCUGUGUGGAGUGGGGAUUCUAAUUACUGGGUGUGAGAGGUACCUCUUUGUAACUUGUGGUUUCUGCUACAGUGUUGGGUUGGUUCAAUGGUACGAAUUGGAUUUUCAUGGACUAAAAAUGUUACCUUGAAGAUUAUCUACUAAUUUAUUUCUCUCUCAGAGGCUAAAGCUGUCAGGACGUGUUCAAGUUGUUAUCUUCUGAGACUAUUAAAGAACUGUAAAAGCUAGUAGAGUUCUCUCUUGUUUCCCACAACAUAUAUUGUAUGUAUGUUUGUUAGGCAUUCGUAUUUUAAUUUAAAUUGGAUUCAACCACAAUAAAGAA